UCUCAGGUCAUCUGCAGCUGCAGCAAAGGAGAAGCAGGAAAGAUGGCGAUCAUCCAUUAGACCGACCGGGCACACGCAUGAAAUACGAGGACAACUUUUUGGAAGAUCGCUUGAGGAGAAGAUUGUACCUGUGAGUUUUGUUUAAACACUAUAUUUCCAGUUUCGCCAAGAUUUUGACUGGGCUUUCAAGGUCUACGAGAACGUCGGUAUGGUAGAUCAUGGGAUAUAAUUUGGAGAGCGCCUCGUGAAUGACCUGGAAAGAGCUGAUCCCCCCGAUUCUUUUUAGUUCAGGUCCAGCCGACUUGGGAGAGAAAGCCGGGGCGAGAAUAGACGGGUGGGCGCUCCGGCUGGCACCCAUGUAGUCAAAGUCAAGUGGGUCUUCUAGCUUCCCAAUAAUAUCCUACCAACCUAUCGCUUCCUCGCUAUGUCGCCUUUCGGUUUGUUGUCAAAGUGACACAAGGAAAUGGACUCAGCGGUUAGAGGCUGGCUGCAUGUUUCAGCACCGGAGUUUCCCUGAUUUUUCCAGGGAGUGCUCCCCUCUCUGUAUUAUGGAGGUAUUGCAGUGUGAUGGCUGUGACUUCCGUGCAGAGUCGUAUGAUGACCUGAAGACCCAUAUUCAGGAAGUACACACUGCUUUCCUGCAGCCAGCAGAUGCUGAUGAGUCUGACUCUAUGAAAGAUGAGGAUGAAGAAGAGGAGGAAGAAGAAGAAUAUGAUGAUAAGGAUGACAAAGAUUACAUGCCUCCUAAAGCUGGAUUGAGCCCUAAUUCCACUGACAGUUCCAUCCAAACAUUACAAAAGCAGACAGCUGAAUCCCUCCUACCGUUUUACCAGUGCAAGUUCUGUGUCCGUUACUUCAGAUCAAAGUCCUUCUUGAAGAACCACACCAAAAAGGUGCAUGAUGUUGUAGAGGACGAUUCAGAUGCAAGUACCUCCUCACAGACAUCAAAACUUCCCAGCUAUACCAUCAUAAUGCACAAUGACCAUUCAAAAGUGUAUUCCUGCCAGUAUUGCACAUACAAAUCUCCACGCAAAGCAAAGAUAAUAAAACACCAAAUAAUGUACCAUAACAAAAUUCCUUCAGAAGACACCGGAGACCCCUCAGAAUAUGCUGAGGGUGUAGAGGAAUCUGUCUCAGCCACAGGAUUCCUCAAAGGAACAUUUGCCUGUGAAUGGUGUGACUAUCAGACAGACCAGAAGGAUAACUGGACUAAUCAUGUUGUGAAGGAACACAGUGACAAGGUGAAAAUAGUUUCUUGUGUUGAGGAGCUGGAAGGCGAAGCAAGUGGAUGCUCACCCAAACCAGAUUCUCCUGCCUCCUCCAGAAGUCCACCUAGAUCAAAAAUAUCUGUCAAUGAUGCAAGUGGAAAUGAGGAGUCCACAGAGGAAACACCAGAAAGCACUUUGGGGAAGUCAGCUGCUGGUAUCUCAUCAUUUCAAUAUGCACAGAUGAAGGCAGUAACACCUAACAGCACAGGUUCCUCCAUUUUGUCAAAGAGGUUUGCAUCAUCUGAUGCCUCCAACUCUGCCACUGAAAUAGAUGCCAGCUUGCUCAAUGAAGAAGACUCCAGGAGCAGCUUGGAAGAUGAUGAUGAAGAGCUAGGUGAUAUAGAUGAUCCCAGCUACACUGGGACCCUCUCAGCUGAUGCAAAGCAACUUUUAUCCGAUGAGGAUAACAAAUUACUGGAGACUAAAGGAAUACCGUUCAGAAAGUAUAUGAACCGCUUUCAGUGUCCGUUCUGCUCUUUCCUUACCAUGCACCGGCGUAGCAUCUCCCGCCACAUUGAAAACAUUCACCUUUCUGGUAAAACCACAGUGUAUAAAUGUGAUGAAUGCCCGUUUAUUUGCACCAGCCCUCUCAAACUAGGCACACACAAACAGAGCCACAGUUCCUCAGACUUGGAGACCAUGGACCUAACAAGUGACAGUCCAGAACCUCAGAAUGACACUGCUGAGCCAGUUAAUGGGGGUAAUGUAGGUUCCAAAGUCAAUGGAAAAAAGUCAAUCAGCCCAGUGAACGAUCAACAGAACCCUCAUCGCUGCACACUCUGCAGCUUCUCUACCACCACACUGAAAGGCCUGAGGGUUCAUCAGCAGCAUAAGCACUCCUACUGUGAUGACCUACAGCCCACUGUCUUUGAAAGCCCAUUGGCUGACCAGCCAGACUCAGAGAUGGACACUUCUCCAAUCUUUUUACAAAAAACCCAGACCUCCAUUCUUGGACUUGCCACCAAAAAACCGUUAGUGACAGGGAAAAGAGCCAGGAAAUCUAUUAAUGACUUACCUUUGGAUUUGUCCUCAGUCAAGAAGAGAACUAGAAUCGAUGAAAUUGCCAGCAACCUCCAGAGUAAGAUAAGCCAAAGCCAGCAAGACAUGAUAAUAAAUUUAGAUGAAAUGGACGAUGAAGAACUAGGAGAAAAUCACACUAGUGCUGAUAAAGAGGGCAGCAACAAUGACGGUAAAAACUGUGUCUUCUCUUAUAGCACACAGCAACUUCAUGUAAGAGAUUCAGCUAUCUCCCAUGAGGGUGGCAGAAUAGGGAAAAGGAAAAGCAAUCCUAAGUCAAAACCAAGGAACAUUCCUAUUUCACUGACUCUCUCUGACGAUAGUGAAAAUGUCUCUGCUGACACAAAUGAGCUCCAAGAACAGAGUAACCGAGACAAUAGGGACACUUUCCAGGAGAAUGCAGAGUAUUCAGAGGAACCUGGAACUGCACGCUUCUAUUGUAAACACUGUGAUUACCACAACAAGUCAGCCCGUAGUGUCAGCACCCAUUACCAGAGAAUGCACCCCUACAUAAAGUUCAGCUUUAAGUACAUCCUGGACCCUGAGGACCAGAGCGCUGUCUUCCGCUGUCUGGAGUGCUACAUUGAAUACACAAAUUACAAUGAUCUGCACCAACACUACAUGGAUCACCACCCUGAAGCGAGCAAUGUGCUCAACUUUAACCAGCCAAAUCUGGUAUACAUGUGUCGCUUCUGCUCAUACACAAGCCCCAAUGUCAGGAGCCUAAUGCCCCAUUACCAAAGAAUGCAUCCCACAGUAAAAAUCAACAAUGCCAUGAUCUUCUCCAGCUAUGUUGUGGAGCAAUCCCACAAGACUGGUGAAUCACAGACUCUGAGGGAAAUAUUGAAUGCUGGACCCAAGAAUUUCAACUCAGCCACCUCCACUCCCAGAUCUUCCUCCAGCCCAGUGCUGAAAACUGUCUCCAAGACCCCUGAACCCAGUGCUGAGACAGAGGCUCUCAAAGAAGCCAUGGGUGGUAAUGUUGUGGUCUAUGACUGUGAUGUAUGUUCCUUUGCUAGCCCCAAUAUGCACUCUGUGUUGGUCCACUACCAGAAGAAACACCCAGAGCAAAAAGCGUCUUAUUUUCGUAUACAGAAAACCAUGAAGGUCAUCUCAGUAGAUCGGCCACAGCCUCCUGCAAACUCUUCAUUUAACCUAGGCAUCACCACACCUACAAAGUCAUCAAGUGCUACCUUGUUUGGAUCUGAUGAAGAAAUCUACUACUGUAAACACUGUGUGUACAGCAACAGAUCUGUUGUUGGUGUAUUGGUCCAUUAUCAAAAGAGACACCCAGAAGUAAAGGUAACAGCAAAAUAUAUCAAACAUGGUGCUCCCACUCCUGGUUUGAUGAAAUUGAUGGAUGAAUUGCAAAUUGCAGCUCCCAAACAGUUUAUGAAGCAGUUUCACAAUAAUGGAUAUGAUGGAUCUAAUAACUCAAGUCCUAAGGCUGGAAAUGGAGACAAAGGUGAGGCUGAGAUGUUGUUCUUUUGUCAGCACUGUGAUUAUGGCAACCGUACUGUAAAAGGAGUACUUAUUCAUUAUCAGAAAAAACAUAGGGAAACCAAGGCUAAUGCCGACCUUGUACGUCGUCACACUGCAGUUGUUCGGAGUCAGCGUGAGCGUGCUCAAAUGGUUCAGUCUGGCAGUGCCUCCUCUGCUAUUACACCAGCCCCUGCAGACCCUGAGAACUCCACACCUCUCCGUUCACUGAAGUGCAGACACUGCCCCUGCACAUCCCCUUAUGUCUACGCCCUGAAGAAACAUCUGAAGAAAGAACACCCUACUGUGAAGGCCACGGCCAUGACCAUUUUACACUGGGCCUAUCAAGAUGGCAUCCUGGAGGCUGGCUACCACUGUGAGUGGUGCAUUUACUCCCACGCAGAACCCCAAGGCUUGCUGCUCCAUUACCAAAGACGUCAUCCUGAACACAAUGUCGAUUACACAUACAUGGCCAGCAAGCUAUGGGCUGGGCCAGAGACCACCCAGCAAGGGGGCAGCUUGGACACUAAGCAUUACAAAUGCAGAGACUGUGCCUUUGAGGCCUGUACAAUAUGGGAUAUCACCAGUCACUACCAAGCGGUUCACCCCUGGGCCAUCAAAGGGGAUGAAUCUGUGCUUUUGGAUAUCAUCAAAGGGAAUAAAUCACCUGAAAAGGCUCAGUCAACAGCCAAAGAACUUGCUUUCAAUUGCCAGUCUGCUGAAGAUGAUGGAGCACUUGUCAUUGCUACCCCACCUCCAGAAAGCAACCCCCAUCCUUCCCACCCUCGUCUCUCUAUCUCUAAUAAUCCUUAUCAAUGUACUGUAUGUCUGUCAGAAUACAACAGUCUACAUGGCCUUCUUACUCACUAUGGGAAGAAGCACCCAGGCAUGAAAGUAAAAGCUGCAGAUUUUGCACAGGAGGCUGACAUCAACCCCAGUUCUGUUUACAAGUGUCGACACUGUCCAUAUGUGAACUCACGCAUCCAUGGAGUCCUAACUCACUAUCAGAAACGGCACCCUUUGGUGAAAGUCACUGCAGAAGACUUUGCUGAUGAUAUAGAGCAAAUUACUGACUUAAAUGAUGUAGAUGACAAGUGCAAAACUCAAAGGCAGGGCUAUGGUGCAUACAGAUGCAAAAUGUGCCCAUACACACAUGGCACAUUGGAAAAACUCAAAAUCCAUUAUGAAAAAUAUCACAAUCAGCCAGCCUCAGAUAUGUUCACUCCUUCUCUUACAAAUUUCUCCUCUGGCAAAGAAGCAGAGCCAGUAGCUGAAUGCAGUGCCAGUAGUAUAUCAAACGCACCAGAAGUCCAAGAGGUCAGUGAAUUGGACCUUGCACUCUCCCAGUUUCCCAUCAGUAAGACAGAGAAACAUGCUGUAUUUAAGUGUCAGCUCUGCAAAUACUUUUGCUCCACAAGGAAAGGCAUUGCCCGCCACUACCGCAUCAAACACAAUAAUGUCCGUGCUCAGCCAGAAGGUAAAAACAAUGUCUUCAAAUGUGCCCUGUGUUCAUACACAAACCCUAUACGCAAAGGCCUGGCAGCACACUACCAGAAGCGCCAUGACAUCGAUGCCUAUUAUACCCAUUGUUUGGCUGCUUCCAAGACAUUGAGCGACAAGCCUACUAAAGUGAUAGCACCCCCACCAUCAGAGGGAGACUGUUCAGAAAUGAGUGAGGACCUACGUUUGGCUGUAGAGAGGCGAAAGUGUUCUCUUUGCCCCUUCCAAGCCUUCAGUAGGAAAAGCAUUGUCUCACACUACAUUAAACGCCACCCAGGUGUCUUCCCCAAGAAGCAGCAUGCUAGCAAGCUUGGUCGCUAUUUCACAGUUAUCUAUGCCAAAGAACCUGAGAAAAUCACUGUCAGUGCAACGGUAGAGGACGAUAAGGAAGUGUUGGAGGUUCAACUUGAGCCCGAGCAGGACAGAGAGGUUGAAUGGCUGCCAUUCAAGUGUCUAAAAUGCUUCCGGUUGUCCUUCAACACAGUCGAGCUGCUUUCUAUGCACUACAAUGACCACCACAGCAGUGACCUGAAGAGGGACUUUGUAGUAUCACCCAGCCCUGGGGAGGAAAGUUCAGAGUUGUACCAGUGUUCUCAUUGUGAGCUGAGGUUUCUGGCUCUCCCAGUCCUGGCCAAGCAUCUGAUGAACCACAAUGAGGAGUUCCAGAAGAGGGCCAUGAGGCAGGAGAGGAGGAGGCAGCUACUCAGCAAACAGAAGGCCACAGAACUUCCUGAGACCAAGCCUGAGAAGGAGAACCCUGUGAAUAAAGCCCCUAUAGGAUUCAGAUGUAACUUCUGUGUGGAGGUGCACCCCACCCUCCGAGCCAUCUGCAACCACCUUAGGAAGCAUGUCCAGUAUGGAGAGGUCAAAGAGGGACAUGUCAAGCAGGAAGUCAGUGAAGUCCCCCUGACCCUGCCUUCAGAGAGCAUAACUAAUGGCGAACUGGACGGGAAUGAAGCAGCUGCUGCUGAAGCCGACGGCCUGGAGACCAGCGCUACCGCGGCGAUGGGCCCGCCGCUGGUCCCCGCAGGCGCCGGUGGUGUUGCUGUUGCCAUGGAGACAAUGGAAGCGCGGACGGACGGCGGAGCGGGAAGGGCAGCGGCGCUCGUGGCUGCAGCGAGGGCCGUGGUGUCGGGGGGCCAGCUGAAGCAGCGUUUAGCGGCGGGGGGUCACCCGUGUGCCCAGUGUGACCGCGUCUUCAUGUCCAUGCAAGGUCUCAGGUCCCACGAGAGGAGCCACUUGGCUAUGGCCAUGUUCAGCAGAGAGGACAAAUACAGCUGCCAGUACUGCCAGUUCGUCUCACCCUUCAGACACAAUCUGGACAGACAUGUGCAGUCGCACCAUGGGCACCACAAGCCCUUCAAGUGCAAGCUCUGCCCCUUUAAAUCUUCCUACUUGAGUCGCCUGAAGAGCCACCUGCAUAAAGCACAUGCAGGUGAGCACACAUACAAGUGCUUGUCAUGCCCGUUCUCCUCCAUGACCAUCAGUCAGCUGAAAGAGCACUCUCUGAGAGACCACGGUGAGGCCCUGACCCUCCCCAAACUCCGGGCUGCUACCCAGGCAGCUCAUGCCUCCCUCAGGCCCUCCAGGCUGGCCGGUGACACAGAGCAGACUCCCACAGCCCCUGAUGAUCCAGCAUACCUGGAACCAGCGGAUGUUCGUCAGCAGCUUAGCCAUUACCAGCUGGCCUCCCGUAGUCAGAUGUCUUCCGGCACAACACCUGGCGGCUCAACAGUUGCUGACAGUCGGCCAGACAGUGUUCUCACGUGCGAGUUUUGUGAGUUCAGCUCUGGCUAUAUGCAGAGCCUCCGCCGGCACUACAGGGACCGCCAUGGUGGCAAGAAGCUCUUCAAGUGCAAAGAUUGUUCCUUUUUCACCUGCUACAAGAAUACCUUCACCAUGCAUGUGGAGGCAGGUCACAGCAUCAGCGUCCCCGAGGAGGGCCCUAAAGACCUGCGCUGUCCGCUCUGCCUCUACCACACCAAACACAAGAGCAAUAUGAUCGACCACAUCGUCCUGCACAGAGAGGAGCGUGUGGUCCCGCUGGAGGUUAGCCGAUCCAAGCUAUCCCGCCAUCUUCAGGGCCUGGUAUUCCGCUGCCAUAAAUGCACCUUCACAUGCUCCAGUGACCAGACCCUGCAGCAGCACCUCCAGAAGCAUGCUGAGCUCAAGCCCUAUCAGUGUCAGCUGUGCUAUUAUGACAGCAGCCGACGGAGUCAGCUAGAAGAGCAUCUCCGCCUUGAGCACAAGGUUAUCCGAAACUUUGAGCUGAUGGGCCGGGUCAACCUGGACCAGCUGGAGACGAUGAAGGAACAAGGGAGCAGCGCCGAGGAUGAAGAGGAGAGGGAAAUGAUGGAGAUGGUAGUGGAUGGAGGAGUUCCUAUCGAAGAAGAGGAUGAAGGAAUGGAAAUGAUGGAGAAUGAAGUGGAGGAACCGAAAGAGAUGGAUGAUGAAGAGAUGGAGUUCAAAGAAGAAGAGGCGGAGGAGGACGAAGAGGACGAAGCGGUGGCGGUGGAGGCAGAGAAGCCUGCCCCACAAGAAGUCCUUGCAUCUCCCAGCAGCAGCACCAAUGGGACGAGCAGCCUAGAAAAGCGUCUGCCUUGUGAGUUCUGUGGCCGCUGCUUCACCAACAGCACCGAGUGGGAGCGACAUGUCCUUCGACAUGGCAUGACAGUCAACAACAGUCGGAUGGACACCAGCACCAACCCAGAGAGGGAGGCCUCGGCUCCACCUCCCAUUGGCUCAUCGGUCUUGAUGGACACGGCGUUGGAGGUGUCUGGAAACAGUAUGGACGGAGGGUGCCCCACUGACCUGUCCCAGAGAAGUCAAACUCUUUAUGUCGAAGACAAAGAUUUGCUCGAGACCAAAAAGGAUCAACAGUUUGGUUGAAAAGAAUUGUGGCCUAUCAGGAUAUCGUGCUAGAAAAUCAUAACUUUCGGUAGGAUCAACACUGAGUUGGAUUUUAAAGUAGGAUGCUAAAGGCAAAAAAGAUGGAAACUGAAAAAAAAAAAAAAGAAUUCUCAUGAGUUGGCACAUUAUUAGAUUUUAUGUGUUACAUAUUAGAAGUAUUAGAUUGUGCUGCAUCCUACUUUUUUAAAAAAUGGCUGCGCUCUUGAAAUGGGCGGUCCCCUAGGACAGAUUUUAAUAUAUUGGUAACCAAUAGUGAACAGAACUCUUAUUGCUGACAUUCUGGUCAAAUCUACAGUGAAAGAUCCCACCUAGAUAAAACUACUAAGCUAUUUAUCCAGAUUGUUGUCCAAACAGAUUACUAAAUUUAAGCAUUUGUUUGAAGCACCUUUUACUGCCCCCCUGCACAUCCAAAUCAGGGGUACCUUAACCUAAAAGGAACUGAUGAGGAAAGUAUAUACAUCCCUGGCCCACUGUAGAGCUGCCUUUUCUUGUUUCUUACUGAAAGUUGGAUGAGAGAAGGGUUUUAGUCAUCUUAGCCUUGUGUUAACUGUGUAGAAGUAUUCCUUGAGGAAUAGUUGCACCUUAUCUAUUCUAGUUAAAUCACAAUUUUUUUUCUUCAUUUAUAGAAAUAUUGACAACCUCCCCAAUGAUUAUAGCAAAUUGCUACAUUAUAGGUCCCUUGAUAUUAUACUACGUAUAAGCCUUCAGCCUGUGGCACCCUUAGCAUUUCCACUGUACUACUUUGUUGUUGUCCAGUAGUUUAGUUGAAGUAAAAGGGAUUAUUUUAGAUCUACCUUCUCCCAUCAAGCAGUAUGCUGUUUGAGGUCCGUGGAUAAACUACAAUACAUCUGCAGUCGCUCGCAUUGUAUAGAGAAAAAUGCCAGUUUAAGGAGUAUUUCCUAAUUUCAUUGUGCCGCUUGUACUAAUGCAAAUGUAUGCUGACACGCGUGAGCCCGUUCUUCAAUGUGAGCUUGUUCAAUGCUGCCUCAACACUUUGUCUGUGUUACUGUCCCGUUGAGUGAAGACGUGCCAAUGCAGUGCGGCGCACCAAGGCGUCAGCUCGCUCUGUUGUCCAACUUGUACAGUGGAAAUUGAACAAGGAAGUCGAGCUUGCCUUCAAAGUAAAAGUUGGAAGCGUGUUGGCUGCGGCGGCCAGUUUGCGACAGAAACACAGGCUCAACAGUGUGGAGGCAGCAUCCACUGUCCAAGAGCGAGCUCACACAUGUCAGCAUACAUUUGCAUUAGUACAAGUGGGACAAUGAAAUUGGCAUUGUUCAUUAUACAACAGGACCAACUCCAGAUGAAUCAUAAUUAUACUUUAUCCACGUACCGUUUGAGUUCCAGGUAACCAAUAUCACAGCUGAGAUGGACACUCAGUUGUUCUACAUCACAUCAGAGAUGUGUUUACGGUGUCGAGUGUGCCAAUGUUUUUGGAAUCAAAUGUUAUAUCGAGGUACAAAGUCAAGGGUUACCCUGGAACACAGCUUCAGUCGCAACAGUAGUAGGUGUGAUAUCUUUUGUCAUCAUCAGCUGAAAUUUCUGAAAUUUGUUUUUCAUACAUGUGUGCUACUGGGGCUGUAAUGUGAAGAUUGCAGACUUAUUUGAAGGUUUUUAGGUCAAGUUGCCCAACUUGAAAUAAUGAAAUAUUAUCAUUCUGUGUUGAGACAACUGUCAGAGCCUGCAUUUGUGUGCUUCUUUUUAGACAAAGCUGUAUUGUUAUUGUUGUUGUUAUUGACAAAAAGGCAGAGAUUGUAUUUGCUGGAAGUUGCUGCUUGAAUGCCCCAAAGCCUUAUGAGAAAUGAAUAGCAAUUAAGUCAACCUUCAUCAUGAAUUCCAAUAAGACCAAUAAGCACCAUUUAACAGUCUGAAAUAAUGAGUGACUAAUAAGUCUGGAGCUAUCAAAUUUGCAAGGAACACAAAAAAAUGUAAUCGUGUUAUUAAUACCAAAAUAUUCAGCAAACUGGAUAUGUUUGCUGUGAUUGUUUUUCCUGAGCAUUGAACCAUUGAUGGAAAUAGGAAAUCGGGGUUGGAACCGUAGAGUUUUAGAACCAGAUUUCUGAGUUCUACGGGUGGAACCCAGGUAAUCUCCGUUUGCAGCCGUGUAUAGAAAACAAAACUACUUGUUAAGUGUUUGAACUGUGGUGUUUCAGAAAGGAUACUUUAACCCUUUUUCCUUUAGGUGUUGUUCUCAUAACAAAAAAACAAAAAAAUAAAUCAAAAGAUGAUAGAUAACCCUUAGGGGCUUUUUGAGUCCCCAGUCCAAUGUUAUUACGCUGUUGUACAAUGUCUGGUUACAAUGAAAAAUAUCUCCUUUUGUACUGUAACAGGAAUGAGCAGAUAGUAAGCAGUGUGGUUGUACAAUAAUAAAAUGCGUGAAGGCAAUGCAGUUCCAUACUGAAUAAUGGUCAGGGCUUUUAUUGUGAAAAGAGAACAGAAACUUGGCAAGAAAGCGACAAGAAAAAUGGUUCCUUUGGGAACUUCUACAUAACUUGUUAGGUCCCUCUCUGGGGUUCGCCACCAUCUGGCUUACCAGUCAACAAACAAACUCACAUUUAAGGGAUUUGGCUCACUUGAGCACGAUCCAAAGUAUUUAAGCCCAGUAUGUCAUAUUCAUGAAGUUCUUCUGCCAUGACCAGCCACACAGCGAAGGCAGCAGCUCUGUCUCUGGUGAGCCUCGGCUAACAAGUUAAACCAGCUCCAGGUGCGUGGCCUCAGGUUGGACCUGCCUGUAGUGCUCCCAGUGUGCAGCAGGUGGGAAUGUAGCAGCCCUCCACCACAGUAACCCUCAGUCCUUUACAGUACCUAAAGAAAAAAAAGAGAAAAGAAAAACAGGAGAGUUGGUGCUGAAUCUCAAAGCCCUUUGUCUCACAGGACUAGCCUGUUGCUUUUUUGAAAGUAAACCUGUUAGAAAACUGUUAUUGUGCAAAUAAGCUUUGCAGGGGCAUCUUGUUCCUCAGAACUCAAAACCAGGGGAUAAAUUGGGACAUUCCGGGUAAUGAAGCUGUCCACCUAAAAUUGGUUGUUGUUCUUUGAUUAUUUUAAUAGAAAAUCACUGCUAAUCCCUCACUGUGUGCAGUCUCUCUGGACUGUAUUACUCUCACCUCCCCAUUUACCCCAAGUUUAGCCCCUGCCGACAACACACUGGAUACUUGUAUAUAUGUUUAGUUUGUUUCCAUUUGCAUUUCUCUUUUCUCUUCAGAAUGUUCUGUCCAUAGUUUGACACUAGACUCUCUCCUUCUUGCCUUUCUUCCCAUAUAAAUCCUGAUGGUGGGUUGUGAUGUUGCCUAGAAUGAUUGUUUACAAUUUUAUUCCAUUUAUCUCUGGAUAUUCUGUAAAUAUUGUAAUUCAUUGUCUUUUUUAACUUGAUAAUAAAGUUAUCAGAUAACAGUUAA